UUUCGGCGCCGAGGGGAGAGCGGCGGCAGGCGGAGGAAGAGGCGAGUAGCCGCCGCGCCCCCCCCCCCCCCCGCACGGGGCGCGAGCAGCUUCCAAACAAAGGACACAAAAAGAGAGAGGAAGAAAAAGGAGAAGAUUCCAUUGACACCGAAUGCAGCGAACUAGGAAACAUGGAUCUGAAAUUCAACUCCUCAAGGAAAUAUAUUUCGAUCAGCGUACCUUCCAAAUCGCAAGCCAUGUCACCUCAUAUCAAAUCAGUAGAUGACAUAAUCGUUCUCGGCAUGAAUCUCAGCAAAUUUAACAAACCCACUCAGUUUUUUAUUUGUGUUUCUGGAGUUUUUAUGUUUUAUCUAAUCUAUGGAUAUUUACAGGAACUGAUAUUUUCAGUGGAGGGUUUUAAGCCCUUUGGUUGGUACCUUACUUUAGUGCAAUUUGGGUUUUAUUCCAUUUUUGGACUAAUAGAACUGCAGCUUAUUCAGGAUAAAAGGAGACGAAUCCCAGGCAAAACCUACAUGAUAAUAGCCUUUCUAACUGUAGGGACUAUGGGUUUAUCAAAUACCUCCUUAGGAUAUCUGAAUUAUCCUACUCAAGUCAUCUUUAAGUGCUGUAAACUGAUUCCUGUUAUGAUAGGAGGAGUCUUUAUACAAGGAAAACGUUAUAAUAUUGCAGAUGUGUCUGCUGCAAUGUGUAUGAGUCUUGGCCUAAUAUGGUUUACUUUAGCUGACAGCACAAUCGCACCAAAUUUCAACUUGACAGGUGUGGUCCUUAUAUCCCUUGCUCUCUGUGCAGAUGCAGUUAUAGGAAAUGUGCAGGAAAAAGCUAUGAAGUUACACAAUGGUUCCAAUUCAGAAAUGGUUCUGUAUUCCUAUUCAAUAGGUUUUGUGUACAUUUUAUUGGGAUUGACAUGCACUAGCGGAUUAAGCCCUGCAGUAACAUUUUGUUCAAAGCAUCCAGUUCAGACUUAUGGUUAUGCAUUCUUUUUUUCCCUGACUGGAUAUUUUGGAAUAUCUUUUGUUCUAGCGUUGAUUAAAAUCUUCGGUGCCCUUCUAGCUGUAACAGUAACAACAGGAAGAAAAGCAAUGACCAUUGUGCUUUCUUUUUUGUUCUUUGCAAAGCCAUUCACAUUCCAGUACGUGUGGUCAGGUUUAUUAGUUGUCCUGGGUAUAUUUCUGAAUGUUUACAGUAAGAAUAUGGAUAAAAUCAAGCUGCCUUCGCUACGAGGUCUUUGGAACAAAACUGCGGAAGAAAGAAAGACACGGACGUUGUCACAAACUGUGUAGACAAUGGUUUUAUGCCAUGUCUUGAAUCUGACUUAUUUUAUUGGAACAGUCUUCAACUGGUUCACUUUCCACAGGGAACAUUAUUAAAACCAAAGGAGCUGAAGGCAUAUUGUCUGCUUGCAGAUGAUUUGACAUGAACAGUUUUAUGUGAGCCUUCUCUUCAGAGCACUUGAAUUUGUCAUAGGUGUUAUAUACCAUUGUCAGAAGGCAUUAUCAAGCCAAUGAAGGAAAGCAACUCCUGGCAGACUGCUGAAAAACUAUGCUCCAAAUGGGGGACAGUAGAAUAUUAAUUUGAGCAUUUUUAUCAUAUCAGAUGUGGCUGAUUUGAGAUGAGUGGUUGUUUUUAUUGUUGGGUUGGGAUUAUUUAAAAGUAAUAUUGUAUUAACACUUAAUGGAAGCUAAUCAGCUACUGAUUGACCAAAUUGAAAUUUUAAAGUUGGAAGAGGUAGAAUACGGUAUGUCAUGAUUUUUCAUUUUAAAUAAAAAUUCAGUUUAAGUUCUUGA